AUGGCAUCUCCAAUCAUCAGCGAACUACGAGUUCUGGAGCGUCGCGAAUUCCGACUUCGCUUGGUCGAUCGAUUCGAGCAAAUGCUUGAAACUGUCCUCUCCGGUAGUUUAGCUGAGCCUCGGAUUUUUGACCGCGAAUUGGAGGCUCUCUCAACCCGCAAGCUUUUGCCCCUGGAUAUCGACGAAGAUCAACCGCUUGACCUCGAGCCUUACCAUUGCCAAAAGUUCGACCGCAAACGCUGGUGUGGCGACACAUCCUGCGCCGAUUUUCGAAUGAACUGGUUCAUUGAAGCUGUUGGACGCUACCGGCGAGGGCUUAUGCCAAAGACCGCUUGGGCACUGGGUCGUCAGUGUAUGGACAGCGAUUGCCCGUAUUAUCACGAAUCGCUCGGGGAUGGCAAGUUCGUAACCUGGAACGACCAUCACGUGGAAGACAACCUCAAGCCGCAUGUAAUGAUGGCCGUUAAAUAUCCGUACCCCAUCCCGGGCGGGCUUGGACCCAUGCUCCGCGCAGAGGUGGCAAGCGCCAUACACUGCAUACUCUACCAGCUCCGGCACGGUUUAUUCGUGCAUCACCGCAUUCUACCGGUUUUGUUGCGCACUUACUAUCACGAUCGAGGUGCGCGCAUCACACAAGCUCAUUGGGACGGCAAUUAUCUUAUAAUUCGACAAUCCCGCGUCUUGGACUUCCAUGCGCCCGAGCCGACGGACGACGCAUAUCUCUUAAUCGAGCCACAUGCGAUGGCGUUGGUGAUUAAGCAAUUUGUCGACGAGAAAUACGCCACCGCCGCCCCGCAGUUGCUUGAGAAAGGCGCCUGGGAAGACUUUGAUCAUUAUAGGAGAUUGGUGGGGAAUUCCGACCCAGAUAUUCGCAUCCAAGGGCAGUUUGCCUCGGCGAAAGUUGACCAGAACCAUGUCCUCACCGAUGCCUACGGCGGCAACGGCUUUACCAACAGAAGAGAAGAACUUGCCGUUGGUGACACCCAUGAAGAAACGCCAUCGAGGCGGGCAAUUGUCAACAAGGCCAUGGCCGGAUUUUCCUCGAUCCUGACUCGACCAUUUACCAAGGAGUUUACGCGGGCCCCCGACAGCCCCAGCAAAGCGCAGAUCGAGCCGGAACCGUCCUACGACCUUAUCAGAACGGGCCUUGCAAGGUGGACCAUUGAGAAAAAUAUAUUUCACAUCAAGGAGCGCCGCAGAAAUAACGAUUCGCAGCAGACCCUGGCUGAUACAUCUGUACAAAGUGCCAACAAGCCGAAUCGAACCGAAAAGGGCCUCGCCGGUAUUUAA